AUGGCGUCUUUUGCUACGGCCUUCGUGAACCCCUAUAAUUACAUCGGUGGCGUUUGCUUUAAUCCUGACAAGGACAUACUGGAUUUAACUGGAAAAGUUGUACUAGUUACUGGUGGAAAUGCUGGUUUGGGCAAGGAGACCGUUCUCCAACUAGCCAAACAUAACCCGGAGAAGAUUUUCCUCGGUGCUCGCACAGAAAUCAAAGCUACAGAUGCUAUCAGGGAAAUCAAAUCGUCUGUGUCGAAUGAUGUCGAGAUUACUUGGAUUCCAUUGGACUUGACAUCCACCGAUUCAAUCCGAAAAGCCGCCGAGUCUUUCAUUGCUCAAUCCCAACGACUGGAUAUCUUAAUCCUUAAUGCAGGCGUCAUGUCCCUGCCCCCAGGCGAGACAGACCUAGGCCAUGAGAUUCAACUUGGAACAAACCACACCGGUCACUUCCUCUUGACCAAGCUUCUGCUUCCAACACUCCUGAAAACAGCAGAGGAGCCCCACUCCGACGUCCGCGUUGUGUCUCUUUCUUCGGUAGGACACAACCUCGCCCCAAGCUUUAGUACAAUGCUCGACCAGGAAAAGCUCAAGAAGGUCAAUACCAAUGCUCGGUAUGGAGCAUCGAAAGCUGCCAACAUCCUUUUUGCUGCUGAACUCAGCCGGCGACAUCCAUCCAUCACCUCUGUCUCGGUACAUCCAGGAGUUAUUCUGACGGAUCUGUAUUCGUCAAUUGGCUCACGUACGCCUCUAUUCUCGUUAGGCUCCAAGACAUUGCAACUUAUGGGGUCGACGGUUCAGCAGGGAGCAUACAAUUCGCUGUGGGCGGCUGCGGGGGCAAAGAAGAAGGACCUUGUAAAUGGUGGCUAUUAUGUCCCCGUUGGAAACCUGAAGCGCGAUAAUAAAUUUGCACGUAGUGUUGAUAUGGGAAGACAAUUAUGGGAAUGGACGGAGGCUGAGUUGAGGAAAGCAAACCUGUAA